CCAAUGCAGCAUUGGGCAACCUAUGCAACGACAGCAAAUUUUGCCGACUUUCCGCGGCUGCGAAAUACGCUGCGCCAUUGCUGUCAAAGAAGUUGAAUACGACGAAACUAUUUACCAAACAUCGGGUACGCGUAUUAUAUUUUAGUGGUUUUUAGUAGCUGUGAAGUGUUUGAAUCAAGGAAAUAAGUUGAAAACUAAUUAAUUAUAACAGAUUAUUUUGAGCGGAUAUGUGUGAAGAGUGCUAAAAUCGGAAAUGUAAAGGUAAAAAUAAAAAUUUUUUGUGGCCUUCGCAAAAAGCUAGGAGGAUACAACGCGAAUUUUUGACCGAAAAACCUCAGCGGUGACGUCGACUGUGACGUUUCGUCGAUGUCGAUAUAAACGCAGCCGACUGCGUCAACGGCAGCGUGUCUUUAGCCACAAAACCUACGAAUCAAUCUACACGAACAGCGGCAAUCGGAGUAAUAUAGUGAUGAAGUAAACCCGUUGAAAGAUUGUGCAAAAUGAUUUCAAUUUGAAUGAUAUAAGUUAAAAAAAAAAAACAUAAGGUAGGGUAAAAGGCGUAUUUAUCGUAAUAAGAAAAGUGUGUGAAGUGCACUGUGCAUGGUGGAUUCAAAGUGCAUUGUUAUUAGAUUUUAAUAAUUUCUAUAACAACAUAAGUCUUCAAUGAAAAAAAAGAGCUAAUCUUUGUUACUCUCAGUGGUUCCGAUGUUCAUUCAAAUUUUUCAGAAAGGCAAAAAGUGAAAUUGUAAAACCAAGCGAACCAGUGAGUGAACGAACAACUGUGCAGUAUACAAGUUUGAGCCACUACGAUGCGCCAUUGUUUCCACACACAAUAAGUGCUGGUGUUUGUUCGCCGCGAAAGAGUAAGCAGUAAAAGCGGUGUAACAUUUGAAGAAGUAGUGGAAAGCAAGGCAAGCAACAAGACAUUUAUUGGCUUUUUUUGUCAUCGGCUAUCUAAGUAGCGUCGACGUCGGCAUUGGCGUCAACUACGCCGUCGUCUUCGACGACAGUGUCGGUGACGACGUCUGCAUCGGUGUGACCAAGCCCAAAAAAUCCAGUCAAGCACUACGAAUUCAUCAGCACAUAUUUCUUUAAAGCAGAAUAGAAAGAAGUAACCAAGUUAGUGAACGAGAUAUUGUGUUGUAGUGGCAAAAUAAGUUUAAAAUAUUCGGUAAAACUUUUUGAAAUUCACACAGCACACGUCAAUCGAAACGAAGCAGUUGCCGGAACGCGGCGAUUGUAAGCAGGAAGCAUAGAACUGCAGCGUACUCACGAAAAGAAGUUGUAGUUGCAAAGUGGCAUAAAUACAAAUUUUUCUUUCACUUCUCAACCCCUUUACUCAGCUGCUUCUAAUGUUCACUUCUCUGAAUGUAAUAGAAACUGAAAAUUUGAAAUAGUUGAAUUGGUUAAUGGUUGGUGAAAAGUGCAGGUUAAGUUAAAAAAAAAAACGGUUUUGUCGCGAUCGCACUUUGUUUUGUGGCCAAUAAUUCGAUUUUGUGCACCUUCAAGUUUUGCUAAAACGCUAACUUUAACUGUAGGAGCACAACGUUGGAUUUGUAAAAACGGCAAGAAUUGCUUCAGCUGAGGCAUCAUAAUGGCUGCCGAGGAACUGAAAGUGGUUUUGCGGCGUAACGAACAUUCCGGUUUUGGGUUUUCGCUUUUGGGCACCACCGGACCCCCGCAUGUAAUCUACGAAAUACAUGAAAAUUCACCGGCCGCUGAUGGUGCGGUGGAAGCUGGUGAUAUUAUUCUUAAAGUAAAUGGCACUGAUGUUCAUCGAUACACAACGAAAGAAGUUUUGAAAUGCUUACGUCUAUCCGAUGACUCAGUCACGUUGGAACUGCGUCGUGAUCCCAAACUCAAGGCAAGACUCAAAGAACAGCUGGCUAAUACGAAAAAUCCCCAUUACGAAGACAUCGAACCCUCACCGCACAUUUACGACUAUAAAGUAUCAAGUUGUCGAUCACCUACAACACAUCACCGUUCGUUGUCCCUACAGGACUCUUACGAACCGCCACACAAUAGCAAUUCCAAUUCAUCGUCUUCACCCGCGAUACGCUACGCGAAAUCGCCCACACACUUGCCACAUCGUCAGGGCUCAUUACCAGCGCCUGGGACGGGAAGCCAGCAACAGGGUAAUCAUAGUCGUAGCUCCUCUGCUUCAUCGGCACAGUUGCAAUUCGGUGAUUUAACCACCUCGGGGACGGGUUGUGUUGGUGGCGGAGCGGGUGGAGCUACUUGCACAUCACCAACGUCUCGUCCAUCUCGUAUUCCAACAGCUUUAAAAGCGCCACAAAAACUACCCGUGCAACACUCGCCACAGCACAAGCGACCGCGACCAUCGCAAAUUCCAACAAAAGCUGGUACCGCCGCGGCCACCAACGGUAAUACCGCAGUAAUUGCGCCCACGCAAGCAACUGUAAUUGCUGGUAGUGGUACACAAUUGCAGCAUUCAAGUAGCUAUAGUGGCGGUAGUACACGUUUCACUCAGCAGCAGCAACAAGCGACACAGCAGCAGAAGGAACGCGAGGCAGAGCCUAACUCGGCGCCACCGCAGCCAGCGAAAGCGCCACGUUUCGAGGCAUACAUGAUGACUGGUGAACUGAUACUAAAUUUAUCGAGAACUUCUCAGAGUAGUAACCUACUGCCAGGACACGCAAAAAAGAUCGACAGCUUGCGUGACUCACCCCAACGCGCGGUCGUGGCAGCGCGAGCUAACGGCGCAUUAGCGCCACGCGCUUCCGGCGAAUCAUCACCCACGUCAUCGUCAUCGGUGGACUCACCCACCCAUACGGCCAGUUCAGAGUCAGCCCACCAUCAGAAAGAUCGUGGAAAGCGACGUCACCAACAACCACAUCAUCAUCUAUUACAACAACAGUUGGAUAGUAUUAACAACAGCUACAACAAUAGUAACAGUGGUGGUGGCGGAGUCGGUGCGGCUGGUAUUGGUUUAGUUAGCAGUGAUCAACGCAAAGACGACACACUGUUGUUAUGCGAAGAGUUAGAGCGUGACGAUGAAGAGACUGGUGGAGACAAUAAUCGCAGACAACGAUAUCAUCAACAGCAUCAUCAAACUCACUCAGCGCGACGACAUCAAUACAGUCAUUAUCAACAGCGCAGCAGUUACGAGCACGACGAAGUUGCAGACAUCGAAGAGAACGAGGAGGACCAAACACACUACGACAUCACCAACAUUGAAACAUACAAUAGCGGUGGGGUUGGGGCAGGCGAUGUAUGUGGUGAUGACGAUGCUAGCGAUCGACAGUGUUUGGUUACGAAUUGUGGUGAUGAUGACGAUGACGAAAUUGAAGUUGAAGGCUUUGAUGCAGAGGAUGAGGACGGUUGCGUGGCGGAGCACGAAGACGAAGACUACUCCUCGAACUCGCUGACAUCGGCAUCGGCAAAACAACGUCUGCGCGCACUUAAGCAAAAAGCUGCCGCUGCACACUAUAAGCAUGCGCAGAGCGUGGUGCGCGCCAGAGGUGGUGGCGUCGGAGCUUAUGAUUCUGUAGAUAGUGCAAAUCAACAUUACGCCGGCGGCUAUCACCACCAUCAUCAUCAUCACCAUCAACAACAACAAUUACGGCAACAGCAACGAGGUUCAGGUGGCUCAACCUCUUCUUCGGCAACAGUGAAAAGCGACGGAUUAGCUGGCAUAAAUACAUCACCCGAUGAGACUUCAUUCUCAGUGCCCACAUCACCUAUUUCACUAUCUACACCAUUAAUUGAUAAGGAUACUGCAAACUCUGUGCCCACCAGCCCCGAGCCUACAAGCUUGGGUGCAAUGGGCGGCGGCGGUGGUGGCGUUGCCGGCCACGACGGUGUUGUGCGACGACACAAUGGUGUUGUGCGCACUUGUGAUUCGGCUGGUUUCCGAACCAGCAAAUCGGAGGAUCAUUUACAACAGGUGCAACGUGAAGGUAUAGCUGCAGUGAUACCAAUCGAUAUCGAUGAGGAUGUGAAUAGUUCGCUAAAUACGCUGCUCGAUACGCGGCAAGAUUCCGAAGAUUCACAGCCAUCUACUACUUUUACAUCAACUCCUUCUCCUAACAAACACUUUAAAAACAAAUCAACUAUAAAAUCAGCAACAACAAAGCGCGGUACUAGUUUCUCCCCAGUCGCUGCAUCUCUAUCAUCAUCGCCAUAUACCAAUGCUUCAGCAAUACCAUCAUCGUCAUCUUCAUCGUCGUCUGUGCCUUUAAAAACAGCACUACUUAAUGCUGCAGCAGCAGCCGCGGCGGCAGCAUCGGCAGCGUCGGCCUCCUCAUCUGCUUCAUCUUCACCAACACUUGUGCCAUCGUCGCCCGAGUCGAUGUUACUCAUCAGUCAACGUGAUAUUUUUAAUAGGCGUAGGCGUAAAGUGCGUACGAGUAUACCGCGUAUUGUUUUGGAUGCCGCCGCAGCGGUGGAGAGUGAAUGCCAUACUAAUAAUAAUAAUAAUAAUAACACUAAUAAUAAUGAUAAUAAUAAUUACAAUGAUGAUACACCAAGGGAAAAUGAUAUUGUCACUACUAACGCUUAUGAAACUGAAACAAUAACUGUUUGUGAUACUAAUAAUGAAAUGACAGUAAAUGCUACAACGACAACAACAACAUCUACCACAACCAAUAAUACUACAAUAAUAACAACACCAACGACUAAUGCAUGCGUUACUAUGACAAUAAUUAAAACUGCAACAAUAACAACAACAAUCACAAGCAAACCAACAGCUGAAUACUGUAAUAUGAAAAAGGGCUCUAAUCGUGAUCGCAUCGUUUGGACAUAUAACGCACCGCUGGCGCCACAUCAAAUUCAACAACUGCAACAGCAGCAACAACAGCAACAGUAUUCCAACACACAUUAUGGCAGUGGUGGUGGUGGUGGUGGUGUUGUCAGUGGCCACAACAAUUCAUCACCAAAUUCACAUUCACACUCCCACUCGCACUCACAUUCACAUUCGCACUCGCAUUCGAGUUCAAUAAGUUCUUCGCCACAGCAUUCGGCUGGCAGUCCUGCCUCACCCACAUCCGUAUCUAGCUCAGUGAUGUCAUCGUCCGGUUCUAAGGGUGCGCUUGGCAUUGGCGGUGCUUACGCAUUGAAUACUAACAAUAAUGGCGGCGGACAUCAUCAACAACAACAACAACAACAACUACAUUUGACAGCAAAUGCAGCUAACGGUGGCACUAGUGGUGGUACGAGUGCAACAACAGCGACAACUGCGUUACAAACGGGUUUGUUACAAUUUCCUACUGGUAGUGGUAAUGGUAAUGGUAGUGGUGGUAAUGGUAGUGGUGGUAAUGGUAGUGGUGGUGGUGCUGGUGGAGGUGGCGGUGGUAACAAUAGUCUUGGAGGUGGUGCCGGUUACGACCAUAGUGUCUCCGAAGCCAUCUCGAAUAUUUCUAGUCCCGACUAUCAGGACGAUGAUAAUUUAUUGAGCUCUCGCGAUCUUGCAGGCGGCAUGGUACUUAGCGAUCCCAGUGAUUCUGAUUCCACAAUUUUGGUUUCGGAUACAGCGGCAGCUCGUCAAAAGCAGCAAAAACAUCAGCAAUUACAAUUACAAGCACAAACGCUACAGCACCAACAACAACAGCUACAACAAAGAGUUGUUGGCGGUCAACAAGGUAACUCAGAACAGCAUAAACUAGUGAUACAGGUGCGUGGUGUCGAUAAUAGUAAUAGUGCCUCACCGCGUUCAGCAUAUUCCGAACUGAAAGAUUCCGAAGAUGAGCUGGCCACGCUGACGGAGGAGCCCUUGAAUACCGCCCUGGCGGCGACAAGCGGCGAAGGUACUGGCACGGGUCGUGACUCAUCGCCACCCGUCUCGGAUGAUGGCAGCGACGUGGAGUCGCUACAUUCCUACCAUUACUCACCAAAGGCCGUGGAUAUGCCGUCGGCGAUACGGCUGGCCAAAAGACUGUACUCACUGGAUGGUUUCAAGAAGAGUGACGUGUCCCGUCAUCUCAGUAAAAAUAACGACUUUAGUCGCGCUGUGGCCGAUGAAUACCUGAAGUAUUUUAAUUUCGAAAAGAAAACGCUGGAUCAAUCGCUACGUGAAUUCCUCCAACAAUUCUCGCUGUCGGGUGAGACACAGGAGCGCGAACGUGUAUUGGUACAUUUCUCGAAACGUUUUUUAGACUGUAAUCCGGGCACGAUCAAUUCACAAGAUGCUGUGCACACUUUAACUUGCGCUAUCAUGCUGUUGAAUACCGAUUUACACGGGCAGAAUAUCGGUCGGAAGAUGACCUGCGCCGAGUUCAUCGAAAAUUUAACUGAGCUCAACGACGGCGAAAAUUUCCCCAAAGACGUUUUGAAAUAUUUAUAUCAAGCCAUUAAAACACAACCUCUUGAAUGGGCACUCGAUGAUGACGCAGCCGAAAUGCAAAAGCAGCGUACAGACAAUAAUGUAGGCAGCAGCGCAAACAAUAGCCUUAUCGGACAAAAUCCCUUCUUAGAUCUACCGGAAUCGUCAUCGGCAAUAGAAUAUAAGAAGGGCUAUGUGAUGCGCAAGUGCUGUUACGAUGCCAAUUAUAAAAAAACGCCAUUCGGUAAACGUUCCUGGAAGAUGUUUUACUGUACUUUACGUGAUUUAGUGCUCUUUCUGCACAAAGACGAACAUGGCUUUCGUAAAAGUCAGAUGUCCGAUAAUCUGCACAAUGCGAUACGUAUACAUCAUGCUUUAGCCACAAAGGCUACGGAUUAUACCAAAAAACAACACGUUUUCCGUUUACAAACCGCUGAUCAAGCUGAAUACCUAUUCCAGACCAGUGAUUCCAAAGAGCUACAAUCGUGGGUGGAAACGAUAAACUUUGUUUGUGCCGCAUACUCAGCGCCACCAUUGGAGGGUGGUGUUGGCAGUCAGAAACGUUUUCAGCGCCCGUUACUGCCUAGCACACAUACAAAAUAUUUAAUGAAAGAGCAAUUAGAAUCGCAUGAGCAACAAUUGGCUCAAUUAGAGGCUACACUCGCGGAACAUAAGAAAGGGCCUAUACCGAACAAAGGACUGCCACUACAGAAUUACAAAGAAAAAGAAAGUUAUCUACAAUAUGAGAUACGUCGCUAUCGUGCUUAUGUGUCAAUUUUAGCUGCUAAAAUACUUUCCGAUCAACAACAAUUAGAUGUAGCGCAACAGCAACAAUUAACGAACAACGAAGAAUUGGAUCAAUUCUCAACGAGUGGUGGUGGAGGCGGAGUAACAGGGAUUGGUGCGCGGCAACAGCCACCACCAGCUUAUCCGCAACAAUUGCAAUUACAACAGCCUACAGCACAGUCAUCAACAACGCAACAACAACAGGCACAACCACAGCAGCAACAAACAUCUAACAGAUGGCUAUGUGGCUGCGCCUGGUGGUCGAUGCUGUUUUGCUAAACAAACAAAAAACCGCGAGCAAGAACAAUAUUUAAUUACACUAAAUACUACAAGCAUACAUUUAAACAAUCCUCCUCCUCCUCCUCCCACUUACUCCACAAUCAUCAACUCCACGACUGAACAUACACCAACACAAUUGGCAACAUAGUAAGAAAAGCAACACCAAAACCUCACAAUUCCUGUGUGCUUAAAUGUGUGCUCGUACGGCAAUGUGGAAAAUUGUACAGUAGUUAAGACGAAAAAAACAAAAAAAAUACAAAAAAAGAAUACAAUAAUAAAAUUGCAAAAAUGCACUGCAGCGUUGAAUCACACAUUGUGACGUACUUACAUGCAAACAGUGCAGAAAGAAAGAGAAAAAGAAAUGAAGGACAAAAAUAUAGAACAUUUAAACAGCUCAAUCGAAACAAGAGCCUUGUAAAGGAGAGAGUAUAAUUGAAAAGCACACAUAUACACACACACAUACAAAUGCAAAGCACGACGUUAUUGAAUAAAGACAAAAAGAACCAACAAGCUAAAGAAUAAGAAACAAUUUAUGCUUAAAGACUUCAAAUCAGUUUCGCAUAUGAAAUUCAAUUUAAUUGAAAUGCGUUUUCGUUUCUAUGUAAAAUGGGAAAUUAUUAUAAGAAAACAGAAAUUAAGUAAAAAAGAGUAAGACGAAAUUGCUAAUUCUUUUUUGUUUCGUUCAACUCCGUGUCAUGGCAUACCAGCAUUUAACUUAAUCUACACUCAUGCAACAAAUCAUCUUUUUCUCAGCAGAAUUUCGUACUCAAGUCGUUCAUCACAUACAUACAACAAACAAAGAGCAAAGACAAGAAAAAGCGCCAACGUUUAGCCAAAAUGGCGAAUUCAACAAAAAAACAAA